AUGCAUCUCCGUCUGUUGACGCUUGCUCUUGCUGCCCUGGCGGCUGCAACCCCAGUAGACAUCCAGGAACGUCAGCUCCUCAGCAGCGGAAACGAGCUGCGAGAUGGCUCUUGCAAGCCGAUUACCUUCAUCUUUGCCCGUGCUUCUACGGAGCCUGGUCUUCUGGGCAUAUCAACCGGCCCCGCAGUCUGCAACGACCUAAAGAAAGCCAAGCCAGGCCAAGUAGCAUGCCAGGGCGUCGGACCGAAGUACACAGCCGAUCUGCCAUCCAACGCUCUGCCCGAGAACACGUCCCCAGCCGCCAUCCAAGAAGCCCAAGACCUGUUCCAGCAGGCCGCCACCAAAUGCCCGGACACACAAAUCGUGGCCGGUGGAUAUAGCCAAGGCACAGCCGUGAUGGACGACUCCAUCAAGCGCCUCCCCGACAACGUCAAGGAGAAGAUCAAGGGCGUCGUGCUCUUCGGCUACACACGUAACGCCCAGGAACACGGCCAGAUCGCUAACUUCCCCAAGGACAAGGUCAAGGUCUACUGUGCCAUGGGCGAUAUGGUCUGCGAUGGCACUUUGAUCGUCGGCCCGGCCCAUUUCACUUACGUUGGCAAUACCGGCGAAGCGAGUCAGUUCUUGCUGGGGAAGCUGAGUGCGUCUUCUUCGUCUUCGUCUGAGUCUUCGGGUGCGUCGACUUCCGAGGCUGCUGGCGGCUCUUCUGGGUCUGGGUCGUCGCCUUUUGGGGGCUUUGGGAACUUUGGGAACCUGUUUGGUGGACUGUAG